AUGCUUCUGCCGAUGGACGAAGCCGUCACCGAGCCAUCAUCAUAUACUUUUGGAGACGUCAAGUUCGUUUGGACGAAGCACAUGGAGGCGCAUGACGGACGGGCAGGCAUCGCCGUCGUUCGCCUCUCGGGUCCUUCAUGCUUAGAUCCAUUGCCUAAAGCAAGGUACGCGACGGUUCGCACGCUCGUGGACCCGGACCGAAGCGAGAAAGACGAUGGCAUCCUCGACUCGGAAUCCCUGCUUCUCUAUCUGCCGGCGCCGAGGACGGUGACGGGUGAAGAUGUUCUCGAGCUGCACGUUCACGGCGGGACGGCGACGGUCAGGGCCGUGCUCGAAGCGAUCCCCCGGUGUCGUGCUCGGGGGCGAAUCCGCUAUGCCGAGCCUGGCGAGUUCACCAAGCGGGCCUUUGUCAACAACCGGCUCGACCUCGCGCAGAUUGAGUCGUUGAGCGACACGCUCGCGGCCGAGACGGAACAGCAGCGCCGGGCCGCCGUCCGAGGCAACUCGGGAGCGCUCGGGCGGACGUACGAGGACUGGCGACGUCAGCUACUCCUCGCGCGAGGCGAGAUCGAGGCGCUCAUCGACUUCUCCGAGGACCAGCACUUUGACGAGCCGCAGGGCGAGCUGCUCGAGAACGUGGUGCGGCUCGUUCGCGCCAUGGUUGAAUCCAUUCAGCAGCACGAGCUGGGGAGCCAACGGAGUGAGCUUCUGCGAAACGGGAUUCAGAUUGCGCUUCUGGGGCCGCCAAACGUGGGGAAAAGUUCAUUGAUGAACCUCAUCGUCGGACGGGAGGCGUCCAUCGUCUCAGGCGAGGCCGGUACGACGAGGGACAUUAUCGAGGCGAGCCUUGACAUCCGGGGAUAUCUCUGCUCCUUUGCCGACACGGCCGGGUUCCGGUCCAGGGAUUCGGCGAUGACAGAGAGAGCGUCGCACGACGGCGUCGUCGGCGCGGUGGAGGAGGAAGGCAUCCGUCGGGCGAGGCAAAAGGCGCUCGAAGCAGACGUUGUGAUCGUCGUCGGUUCCGUCGAGAUCGGAGGGCGAGGACCGUUCAUCCACUACGACAAGGAGACAGUGAAGCUCGCGGGCGAGGCGCAAGCCUGUCUCGUGGUGGUCAACAAGCGGGACAUGGUGGAUGAGGCUCAAUUUCGAAUAUUGCUGGCCCAGUUUGGCGACGUGCUUCGGUCUCUGAGCCCAGCGGUUGCCGCGAGCGCGCUACUGACCAUCUCCUGCCGCGAUGGACAGGGGUCGGCGACAGCGUCGGGAGCCAAGAACAGCGAUGGGGGCGGAUUGCAAAGCCUAGUCGACGCUCUAGUCACGUCCUUUUCCACCCUCACAGACAUGCCGGGCCAUCUUCAGGACCUCUUGGGAGUCACGGAGCGGCAGCGGCAGCUCCUCGUCAAGUGUCGACGGCAUCUCGGAGAGUUUCUUAUGGAGGCGCAACCGGAGGAGGCGGCGGUCGAGGCGGACACGGUGCUGGCGGCAGAGUAUCUACGGUACGCGGCCGACUGCCUCGCGCGGCUCACUGGCACGGGCGAGGCGAGCGAGGUGGAAGACGUUCUGGGCGUCGUGUUUGAAAAGUGA